AUGGUACACUCUACAACCGUACACACACAAUACACACACAAUACACACAGGUAUCUCCACUACAAUGAGAUCCACUACAUCCCUGCCAGCCUCUUUGACAAUUUGGCGGCGUUAACGGAACUGUAUCUAUACGGCAACAGGCUCAAAGUGAUUGAGCAAGACACCUUCAGCGGCACAAAGGCGCUGUCUUAUCUGAUGAUUGGAGAUCAGAACAAUGCUCUGGCCACUCUGCCGUACCAAGUGUUCGAGGGCCUGAACAACCUGAACUAUCUAUACAUUAGUCAAAACACCAAGUACAGUACCUGCAUCUGGGGCUCUACAAGAACCGAACCGCCCGGACUCCUGACACCCCUAACAUAUGCACCGGAAGCACAGUGUGUACCUGUCGCCCCCACCGUAACUGCCACACCCACAGUCACACCCACUGUCUCUCUCACGCCCAGCACCAGCCCCUCCAACUCAGCCUCACCCACUCAUACCCCCGACAGCCGUUCACCCACCCCCACCCCCACCCCCACCACCACUCCGAGUGGGUCUGUCAGUCGCUCGGGUACCCCAGCCCUCUCUGAGUCCCCUACACUGUCCCACUCGCCUACCACCAGCCUUACACCAAGCAUGACCCCCACCCCUUCCCCCACCGCCCCGGGUGCCUGUGCCUCCAACCCCUGCGCCCCGGAUGAGGUGUGUACUGGGACCGGUACCAAAACCUUUGCGUGUGGGCAGAGCACGUGGGUGCGAACCACCGUCGCCGAUACGUCCGUGCGGAAGGCGGGCGUUGGCAUGGCAACCAUGGGGGCAGACUAUUACAGCGUCUACUUCCGCGAGAGCGGAGACGGGUACACGUUCCUGACCUCCAGCGCCACGGCGGUCGCCGAUGUGACAGGCCUAACCGCUGCGACUACCGGCACUGAGCCUGCCGCUGUGGUUACCUCCGGGGACACUGUGUUCUAUCUGUUGCGCUUGGACGCGCUCCUUCGUGUGUACCAGCUCACCGGUGCGGGGGUGUUUGCGCAAGUGGGGAACGACAUCUCCAGUGUAGGGGGAGUCCAGUACUUUGACCUGGCCAUCCGGUCCGGUUCGAGCCACGGGUUUGCCCUGUUGGUGGUAUACAGCCAGGACAACACGGUCCAGGCCCGGUCCUAUGACCCGGUUUCGGACACAUGGCUGUCCUCGCCCUUCCAGACUGGGACCGGUCCGGUCAGGUACUGUAAAGGGGUGUACGAUGAGAGCAGUCCGGUGUGGGGCUAUCUGGUGACUGAUGCCACGGUGCCUGAGUCUCCGACGGCGUCGUGGCCGCUGGUAGUAGCUCGGCAUGAAGGGGGGGGGGUAUCUACCAUAUACACCGCCAGUAAUGUGGGACAGUUUGCCCUGUCCCGAGACGAGGUGCAGGCGGACGGGAGUGUACCGUACAUAUACAUAGCCCAUUCGGACACGGUUGCCAUGGUGAUCCAGGUGCAGCGGCGCCCCACCGGGUCAGCCACGAACGCCACCCAGGUCUCCUGCGGGCCUAUCUCCACUACCAACAGCGUAUACGAUCUGCGGAUGGGCGUGGCCAACGGUCUCAUAUACAUCGCCUACUACGACAGCACAGAUGAAGUCCUGUCCGUAACCACGUGCGCCACUGACAACACAAACAGUGCGUGGCGGUUGGUUGGGUCGCCGUACUAUGGCGCAUACGACCGGACGUCCUGGGCCUUUGACGUGUGGCGGGACGCUCAGACAGACAGGGCCCGCAGACGCCAGGUGGUCACCUUCACCACAGACGCCGUCCCACUCAUCACCACCAUCGAAGCGGAUGAGAGUAUAACCGUGGCCGAGCUCCGCACGGCUGUGGUGAGUCUCUCACCCACACCCUCACCCACACCCUCACCCUCACCCACACCCACCACGACGCUGUCGGUCAAUGGAAGUGCAACUGGUUCACCCGCGCCUUCGUCUACGUCCGCUGCAAGUGCGAGUCCCAGUCCCAGUCCUAGUGUAGAUCUCUCCAAUAAUAACAUACAGCUGCUGUCCUCCGCCACAUUCAACUUGGCAACGCUAAACGACUUAGACCUGAGCCAGAAUUCUUUAACCGAUCUCCAGAACGGCGUUUUCAGUGGUUUAAGUGAGAUCCAAAAAUUAUCCCUGAGCUUAAACACCAUUACUUUGCAAAGCACCUUCCUGUCGGACCUCAACACUCUACAAGAAUUCUCGUGUGCCGAGUGUGGUUUUACGCAAAUGGACGUGCGCCAGUUUGAGUCCAACCCCAAUCUACAGAAACUGGAUAUGUCGGCGAAUGAAAUCACCUCAUUGUCAAGUGGUACCUUCGAUCUCAACUUGGGUCUGCAAAAUUUGGAUUUAUCUGCAAAUAGGCUAUCUACAGUGCCUGCGAACCUGUUCGCCAACAAUGUUGAGCUGCUAAAUCUAGACAUGUCAUUCAAUGAGAUCACCUUUUUGGAUUCGACCACGUUCUUGACAAACACGAAGCUUCUGAAUCUAUUUUUGCAACUCGAUGGUGUCUUCGAGCUCCCUCCGAAUAUCUUUACCAAUCUUGCUGAGCUCCAAGUUCUGACUAUCGACUUUGCUAAGUUGCCUCUCACCAGGUGCAUCUGGGGAAGUACUGGGCUACCUCCAAUCAGCUACCAGCGCGAGGCAUUCUCAUAUGACACUGCCGUUUGCACCUCACCUUCAGCCACACCGUCCAGCUCAUUCAGUCCGACACCCAGUACGACAUUCAGUCCUACACCCACCCCGAGUGUAUCCCCUAGUAUGAGUCCGUUUGCUUCGGCAAAUCCUGAUCCUGAUCCUGAGACGCCUACCCCCACACCAUCACCCACACCAAGUCCCAGUCCAAUGGGAUCGCCAUUGCCGUAG